GGAUUUGCCCGUCUUCCUCUGGCAGUGGUCACAUAAAAAAUCACUUUACAUCAUUGUGUGGAGGAGGCAGGAUUGAGGAAUGGGCGUUAAACACAAUUCAUGUGGUGCUGCUGUUGCUGCUGAGCUUCCAUGGAGGACACGCCUAUUUGUCCACUUCGGUUCUUUCAUACUCGACGCCUGUCGUCUAUCCCACCUCAUCCUCCGCUUCCUCCGCAACGUUGACCUCAAAUCUCCACCCUCCUCCAAACCCAUCAAUGGAGUCUCCUCCUCCGACAUCAACGUCGACCCUUCCCGCAAUCUCUGGUUCCGCCUCUACCUUCCCCCCUCCACCACCACCACCACCACCACCACCACCCUCCUCCCUCUACUCAUCUACUUCCACGGCGGCGGAUUCAUCACCUCCGCCGCCAAUUCCAAAAUCUACGAGCAUCUCUGCCGCAACCUCGCCGCUCAACUCCAAGUCACCGUCGCCUCCGUCAACUACCGCCUCGCCCCCAACCACCGCUACCCUUCCCAAUACGACGACGGUUUUGAAACCCUCAAAUUUAUCGACGCCCAUAACUACGCCGUAUUACCCUCCAACAUUGAUCUCAACCGUUGUUUUCUCGCCGGCGACAGCGCCGGCGGCAACAUAGCCCACCACGUGGCGGUCAGAUACGGCCGACACGAGUUUGAGAAGCUGAGUAUUAUUGGUUUGGUGGAGAUACAGCCGUUCUUCGGUGGAGAAGAGCGCAGUGAAUCGGAACUCCGGCUCAGUAGAGCUCCAUUUCUGAAUGUGAAACGAACCGACUGGAUGUGGAGGUUGUUUUUGCCAAUAGGAUCGGACCGAAACCAUGAGGCGGUGAGUGGUGGUGAUGUGUCGGAGGUGGUGAAGUUUCCGGCGACGUUGGUGGUGGUUGGCGGUGGUGAUCCGUUACAGGACUGGCAGAGGAGGUACGUUGAAGGGUUGAAGAAAUCAGGGAAGGAAGUGAAGUUGAUUGAGUAUCCAAACGCCAUCCAUGGCUUCUAUAUCUUUCCUGAAUUGCCCCAACUUUGGUACCUAAUUGCAGAGGUCAGGGACUUUAUUCAAAGCCAAUCUGCUAGAAAUGCCUAGAACCCAACGGCUACUGCAGACUUGUUAAGGCUUGGGUAUAUAAACUCGAACUUUCCUCGGGCUAGUUAUUCUGGUUACACUACAUGCGGUAGCAGGCACGGAACGUAGUGUAGGUCUACAGGGACCGUGGCCCCCCUUUUGUGAAAGAAGCUUGGUUGUGAUGCAUAGAAUUGGUUUAACAUGAGUAACUUCUUCUCUUACGUAGACUCCUCUCUCAUUUAAUUCUCAUGUUCUUAAUAUUUUUGUUAACAUAACAUCACUUUAUAAUAUAAUAGACUAAUAGUAGAAUGCUAUAUAAAUUUUUGUAAUGAAAAGUUAAAAUACUUGUAGUA